AUGUCUGAGCGGGAUCAAUCCAGUCGCAAUGAACGCCCAUUCCUCUAUCCAUGGAACCGCCGUCUCCGGCACCUCCAUGGGGUUUCGUUGCGCAACCUCCAUAUCACCCCCCCAAGUCCCAAAACCAAGGGCAAGACCGCCGCAGAUGAUGACGCACCCUACGGCCUCGUCUCCCCAGCCAAGCGAGCCUUACGACAUGACACGGCUCCCUUGCACCAUUCACGUUCCUUCUCAGACCUGGUCACAUCCAUAGAUACACCUCCAAGUCCGCUCAACCGUCAGAAAGCGGCAACGUCCUACCAAAAGAAUGACAUCAAUACUAAAGCAAGGCCUGAGGGCACUCUGCGCAGAAGGAGUACUCUUCACUGGACCUCAGCAAGCCCUCGGGUGCGCCAGUCGAAACUGGAGGACAUGGUUGUCAACCGCCUGGCAGAUACAUGGAUAUCGAUACAUUGUUCAGGCGUCGACGAGCCUAUCUACAUAACCGAGGUCAUUGAACGCUCUAUGAAUCCUAGCUUCGCAUUUUUCGAUCUGGAUAGCAGCGGCCCCACAGUGUCGCGAUCAGACCAAUGUGUUGUACGUGUAUGGGCGAGAUCUACAAUAACCGAGAAAUAUUGUCUUCUUGUUGAGCUGGACGUAAACCUAAGGUCUUUGCAAUACAUUGGACGAAGCUUGGAGAAUUUUCACCAUCCACUACCGCAGAAUUGUAUUCUACUACAUCUAUCGGACGGUAUCUACACGAGUUUCACAGAUCUUCCAGCAGAAACCCAGCCCAAUGUCCUGCAGUUGAACGAGCAUACGGACGGCAAUGCUCGGCCUACCUCAUCAUUCGACUCUCUGAUGCAACUUGCAAAUUUGGAUGAAUGCAUCCAAGAUGCCGUCAAAGUAAGGAUGCAACUGGAAGCAGAUAUCAACAAGAUCCUCGAAGAUAACCGAGAUGGAAAGGACGACAUCGAUGAAGAUACUCUCUCGCUUGACGCUAAUGAGUCGCAGGUCAAAGCUGCUUUGGCCGCUGAACAGAAGCAAUUGCGACAAUUGAAGAAGAAGAGAGACGAACUUCGCGACUCAUUAGCUCGGCGACACGAAGCACUCAAAGCAGGUCUGCAAGCUGAGGCCAAGGCCAAGAGAUUGAUCGAAGAGAGGUCUGUGGCUCAAAGAGAGGUCGAAGCCACACGGAAAGAAGUGGAGAAGGAAUCUGACGGUCAAAUUCGACGCAUCUGUGAAAGCCUGCUCACACUCUUCCCCAUCGAACCAAUCAAGAACCGUACGCUACAAUUCACCAUCCGAGGUAUUCAUCUUCCAAACUCUGUAUAUAAUGAUACCAAUCGCGAUGAGAUUGCGGCCGCCCUUGGCUUUACUAGCCAACUGAUAUAUCAGCUUUCACUCUACUUGUCGGUGCCCCUACCAUAUCCCAUCGAACCAUACGGAUCCCGGUCAUACAUAACAGACCCUAUCUCUGUGGGCUUGAGUCAACGACGAUAUCCCCUGCAUCCAACUACCGUACCCUACAAGUUUGAGUACGGGGUUUUUCUCUUGAACAAGGAUAUCGAGUUCCUCAUGAGCAAAUCUGGUCUCCGAGUGCUUGAUAUUCGACACACGCUUCCCAAUCUCAAAUACUUGCUUUAUGUGCUCACUGCGGGCACAGGUGAAUUACCAGCGAGAAGAGCGGGGGGAGUCAGAGGUUUGCUCAUGGGUGGUCGACUUACACCUACCAUGUCACGAAAAACAAGUGAAGACAACAUUCAAAGUCAGCCCAUGCUUGUCCAACGAGACUCGGCCGAUCUGAAAGUCAAAGCAGACGCAUUAUCGAAGGAGAAAGCAGAUGAGACAGCGGCGAAGGAUCCGUUUGUGAGUACGUCUCCUGUUCACGGUCUUCCCCCCAGAUUCCACAUUCCUAGAUUGCAGGAUAAAUGA